UGGCCCCUCAAGAAGCAAAGCUUACUCAAAACUCAAUAUCCAGAAAAGUGGGCUAGGCCUUGGAAGGGUAUGAAGGAGGCAAGAGAGAUUGCGGAACCAGUGUGCCGGUGGUUGUAGUUCACGGUGGGAAACCAAUUCUGCGGACCGGUAGUGGGAAGCUCUUACACCGUUUCCGGCCACCUCAGCGGGAAUCGCAGUCGUAAAGAGUUGGCUCUUAGUGAACUGAGCUGGAGGUGUAACUGUUGUUGGGGCGGAAAAAGUGAAGACGACACCUAAGGUUGUGCGGGCCAGUGCUGCGUCCCAGUGGUCUGUGAAGAUGGUAUUGCUAACAAUGAUUGCCCGGGUGGCGGACGGGCUCCCGCUGGCCGCCUCAAUGCAGGAAGACGAACAGUCUGGCCGGGACCUUCAACAGUACCAGAGUCAAGCUAAGCAACUCUUUCGAAAGUUGAAUGAACAGUCUCCUACCAGAUGUACCUUGGAAGCAGGAGCUAUGACUUUUCAUUACAUUAUUGAACAGGGGGUAUGUUAUUUGGUUUUGUGUGAAGCAGCCUUUCCUAAGAAGUUGGCUUUUGCCUACCUAGAAGAUUUGCACUCAGAAUUUGAUGAACAGCAUGGGAAGAAGGUGCCCACUGUGUCUAGACCCUAUUCCUUUAUUGAGUUUGAUACCUUCAUUCAGAAAACCAAGAAGCUCUACAUUGAUAGUCGCGCUCGGAGAAACCUAGGCUCCAUCAACACUGAAUUACAAGAUGUGCAGAGGAUCAUGGUGGCCAAUAUUGAAGAGGUGUUACAACGGGGAGAAGCACUCUCAGCAUUGGAUUCAAAGGCUAACAAUUUAUCCAGUCUCUCCAAGAAGUACCGCCAGGACGCGAAGUACUUGAACAUGCGUUCCACUUACGCCAAACUUGCAGCAGUAGCUGUAUUUUUCAUCAUGUUAAUAGUGUAUGUGCGGUUCUGGUGGCUGUGAAGUAGUGAAUGUAGUCACUGGUAAAGGAGAAACUAGAACCUGACAGGUGUAUGUUUUCAGGAAGCUGCGCUUACAGGGAUGUGUAUUAGAAUCCAAGUGGAACUUCUGCCUCUAAAGACCUUGCAAGAACAUGUCCUGAAAAUGAAAGGUUACACCUCAUUUAAUGAAGCUUAACAUUAUGCAGAAAGUCUCUUUGGGGGGCAGAGGCUUUCUCUGGGUGCUAAGCCAUAUAUGUUAGGGAACAGUAGAUAGUUUUAUUUUGUUUUUUCUCUCCCAGUGCAUUUUUAAAAUAUCACCGCCUGGGGCAUUCUCAUUCUCUAAUGGAGCCAUCAGUGAGGUUUAGCUUAGCCAACCCAAGCUAGCAACAUUCUUAAAUUCCUUGAAAGAAGGCAACCCUUUGGGAAGUUUUUUGACUCUAAUCAACAUUCCUUUCGUUGGUAACAGUUGUGAUUUUCAGUAAUUUAAGUUUUUGAUGGCUUUUCAAAUAAGACUCCAGCAUGUGAAGGUUAAUUGCUAUGCUGCACAGAUCUUGUCUGUUGGCCCCUGUAGGAAGUUAACCUUUGUUGUUUUCCUUUUGUAUUUUGCUUAUUGCACAAUUGCUUUAGGGUUAAAUGAAUUAUAUUGAGAUGCCUUGAAAUGAUAUUAUAGCACUCCUCAAUUAAGAGACUAAAACAUUUUCUCUCAUUUACUCCUUCUACAAGACUUAAAUU